UCUGCUGAGAACUACUUCCAUUGAAUUCUCUGUAGAUCGGAACUACGUGUGUCGGUCUUUAACUGGGUCGGACCUUUUUAUCGGUGCACAUCCGAGCGUUCAACUUCCUUCUCCUCUCAUUGAAGCAGAUUUAUUAAAACAAACAGAAGAUGGCUCUGCGAGCUUGUGGGCUGAUAGUGUUCCGCCGCCUUGUUGGCAGCAUUCCACCGCCAGACAACGUGGUGUAUCUCCUCCUGCAGACUUCUUAUGGAGACCACCACUGGACCCCACCCAAAGGUCAUGUGGACCCAGGUGAGGACGACUUGACCACGGCCCUGAGAGAGACCAAAGAGGAGGCGGGUCUAGGGGAGGAGCAUCUGCAAGUGCUAACCGGUUUUGUGAAAAAGCUGCAGUACGAGGUCCGCGGCAGACCCAAAGAGGUGCUGUACUGGCUGGCCGAGCUGAGAGACCCGGGAACAGCGGUGACGCUGUCCAACGAGCACCAGGACUUCCGCUGGGCCCAGCUGGAGGAGGCCUGCGCUCUGGCCCGGUACAAAGACCUGCAGGAAACCCUGAGAGCAGCUCACAGACACUUAGAGGCUCAGCAGGACUGACGUGUCAGAAAGUCGUCUUAAAAAGACACAAUUCAUUGGAAGUACUGCUUUGGAUUUACAUACAAUAUACCACUGCACCACAAUCAUCAGGGUGUCGUGGCUUUGUGUCAUGUUAGCAAAAUAUCUUGUGAACCAGUCGACAGAUUUUAAUGAAACUCUGAAAGAGUGACAAUAUGCAUUUCUUCAAGGAAUGCUAAACCUGUCAUCAUCAUCAGUUUUUACUGUUUAUGUAAAUGAUUUACGGAGUGGUCUUAUUCAUUUAUGGACAACAUGGACUAACGUGAGUACUUGAAUCUUAGUCACUUGUAAUAUAAUCAAACGUAGAAACAAUAUUUAUUAGAGUGGAAGUUAUUUGAAAUAUGCCAAACACAAAACUAAGUGGAGAAAAUCUAUUGGUACUUAAUGUGUAAAAACAUGAGGAAACUGUUUUAUUUGGUGUAAAUUUGUCAUUCAGAUCCUGUAAUAAAUUCUUAGUUCACUAAAUGUGAAUAGAAAAUA